AUGAGAUUCCUAGGCGGGAAUUCUACAAUCUUUAUUCUUUUUUACCCGAUCAUCAUUUUAAGUUUUGAAAUCACAGGUGAUCAAAUUAAGCCUGUGCAUGGUUUGAAACCAUUAAACCUUCAACCUAAAACUUUAAUGGAGCAACCACAUCUAAAUUUAACUUUUCCGGAAGAUUUACCAGAUCAAAAAUAUUUGGACCCUGUUAAAGAAAAAAUAACUCAAAAAUCACCAAAAAAGAAUUACAGCUCAACAAAUAAUAUAUCCAAAUCUCAACAAACAGACGGAUUGGGUGAUAUACAUUUGCAGAGGAUUAAUACUUCAUUUAAAGGCUCUGAUGAAGAAUUGCCGUCAUUACGGGCUAAGAUUAAAUCUGUAAAAGAUAAAAGCGGUUAUUCAUCUAGAGAUCAGCAUAGACAAGUGUUCCCAAAAUCUGACAUUUUUGAAGCAUCACAAACAACUGCAAAACAUAAACCAAUAAAACAUAUCAAAAGCAAUUUAACAAAGCAAACAUCGUGUCCGGAGUCUCUUUUGACAAAAAAUGGGGAUCAAACAGAAUCACAUUCUAAUUAUGACAAAUUAUAUCACACUACGGAUGAUAUAUUUUUACAUGGAUUGAAACCAGUACGUACAAAACAAGGAGGGAAUUAUGAAAAUGAAUCGCUCUUUGAUGGUUCCGAACGUACCUCUAUUAUAGAGUUAAAAAGGAGAUUAAAAAAUUCAAAACGGAAUGUAAUAGAUUCAAAACACAUGAUAACCCGACGAGAUAAAAUGAGUCAUGAAUACGACAGACUUGGAUCAAAUGUUAGCAAAAAAUCUUCGACCUCUUCAAGAUCUCCUGUAAUCUCUUCACAACAUCUGAAUGAAACUCAUUUGGAUUUGACUCAACAAUUUUCAAAAAAUGAGGAAAAUCUGAAUGAAACUCAUUUGGAUUUGACUCAACAAUAUUCAAAAAACGAUGAAAAUAUAACAAACGGAGAAUUUGCAUUAAUAGAAUUUAAAUCUGAAAUCACAAAGAAACAUAGUAGAUUUGUAAAGGUGGCGUUAAAAGAAAUGAUCGGAAAAGGCGGAGUUGCUGAGGUAAAUGAGAGAUUUACUGAUAAAUUUUUUCGAAGUCUAAUACACAAAUAUAUUUUACAGGUUUAUAAAGGACUUUGUUGUGAUAAUCGCAAUGAAAUUGAAGUUGCUGUUAAAUUAGUUGGAUACAAUACAAUUAAUACUGGAACGAGUAAGGGUCCAGAAACUUUGGAAGACUUACUUUAUGAUCCGAAAAAUGAGAUGAGAGUAUUCAAAGCAUUUCAUGAUAAAUAUCAUGGAUAUUCAGAAGAAAGUGGUAUUAUUGAAAUGAUUGAUGGCGGUGAAAUUAUAAAUAUCGAGUAUUCUGAAUAUGAACAAUCCAAGCAUGAUUUUAAAUACGUUAUUAUAACCGAAUUAGGAACAAAAAACUUUUUAAAAUAUAUCGGAGAUAAAAUCUAUGAGAAAAAUGGACUUUCAGAAUCGGAACUAAUGGAGGAAUUAGUGAAACCAGCAACAGUUCUUUUUCAAAUGCAUGCUGUUGCCAUCCAUAUGGAUUUUAAACCACAAAAUAUUGUAUUCAAUUCUAAAAACAAGCUAAAAGCUAUAGACCUUGGAGGAAGUCUUUUAUUUGCUGAUAUUGAAAUCGAAAAUGAAGUUCCUGCAAUUCUUGUCGGAAGAAGAACAACCUCACUAUAUUUUUUGCCACCCGAGCUACAUUCAUUAUUGAAAUCUGAGCUUGACAAACAUUACAAUGCAAAAGAUUAUGCUUCAACAAAAACUGACACAUGGGAAUUUGGAAUUCUUAUUUUUCAAAUGAUUUUGUUGAAUGAUAACCGAUAUUCGACUAUAGAUCUUGACAAAUGGCUUAAUGACGUAAAAACUUAUUAA